ACAAACGCUUAACGGCUUUAAACCCGAAAGCACACGCCUCUCUGCUCUGUAACUCCGUCACUCCAUUUCCAUGGCUUCCGUUCCCUUAUCUUCUCUCUCCCUCAACCACAACCCUACCUCUCUCAGCUUCAUCUCCACAGCUUCAGAUCACUUCAGGCUUGCUUCACCUACCUUUCAAUUCGCCACCGUCAGCAAAUUUCGCUGUGUCAGGUUCGCCGUGAGUUGCAGAGCUUCCUCCGUCGUCUUCCGCAACCUCGACGCCGAUGACUUCCGCCACCCUCUCGAUAAACAGAACACGUUGAUUUUGAGAGCGAUUCCAGGACUAACUGAAGUUGGAAAGGUUCUACUAGGAUCUGUUACGGAGCAAGUGAUGCUUCUUGAGAAUAUCGGAACGUCCCUUCUUGUUUCGGAAAAUCAGCUUUCUGAUCUACAUAAAUUGAUGGUUGAAGCCGCGGACAUACUCAACAUUGAUGCUCCUGAUCUAUAUGUUCGUCAAAGUCCUGUACCAAAUGCAUACACUUUAGCAAUAAGUGGUAAAAAGCCAUUUGUUGUUAUCCAUACUAGUCUAGUGGAGCUUUUGACACGAGAAGAGUUGCAGGCUGUUUUGGCUCAUGAGUUGGGUCACUUGAAAUGCGACCAUGGUGUGUGGCUUACAUUUGCAAAUAUCCUUACCCUUGGAGCUUAUACCAUACCUGGGCUUGGUGGCAUGAUUGCUCAGAGUUUAGAAGAGCAGUUAUUUCGUUGGCUCCGAGCAGCAGAGCUAACCUGUGAUCGUGCAGCCCUUCUUGUUGCUCAAGACCCAAAGGUGGUCGUCUCUGUGUUGAUGAAACUAGCUGGUGGAUGCCCAUCUAUGGCUGAUCAACUAAAUGUGGAUGCAUUUUUGGAACAAGCUCGCUCUUAUGACAAAGCUUCUUCAAGCCCUGUAGGCUGGUAUAUAAGAAAUGCACAAACGAGGCAACUUUCACAUCCUUUGCCGGUACUACGAGCUCGUGAAAUUGAUACAUGGUCAAGAAGUCAAGAGUACAGAACUCUUCUAAAACGAGCAACACAGAUCACUGCCGGAUCAAAAAUUUUAACAACACCUGGAAGAUAGAGUAAGAUCCAAAGCAGUGUGAAAAGCCUCAAAUAGCAGCAGCCAGCAGGGAGCUUGGGAAAUAAAGAGGAUUUUUUGCCUAGCGUCUAAUGCACAAAGUCUUGCUGUAACUAAAGUCUGCAGAUUGAGUAUGCAGAUGGAGUCAUAAGUUGUAAGUUGAGUACUUUGGCUUGUCAAUCUUUUGCAGUACAAGAGAUGUAGUUUGUAUAAGUGAUAGUAAUACUCCUCUUACAGUGAACAUAGAAUUAGGUUGUUUAUAAUACUUGGUACUUCCCUGAUGAACUCAUUUUGUAUAGUAUAUUCCUUUUGUUGUAUAGUGUAUUCACAUUCAUAAUAUUC